CGGCUAAGCUAACUUCCUGUUUCUGACGCUGCUGUCUGCAUGUGAGCAAUUACUGCUAAUGCUGCAUUUUCUAUAGCCCUGCACUUCCACCGGCCAGUGCCCUGAGGAAUACAGCAUCCUUAAUGCGAGGUUCUCCCCACCCACCCCUGGUUGUAAGACACCCACUGCAAAACAGUAGAAGAUGAGCAAGUCCCCCACCCCCAAAGGCACCCCGGUGCAGCGCAGCCCCAGUGAUGGGGUACCAGAGGGCCUCCAGUCUCCUCAGCAUUCCACACCUGGCUCCGGACCCCAGCAGAAGAAACGCAUCUCCAGCCUCCUUCAGAGUCCGUCAUUCAGGGAGGAGCUGGAUGUGCUGAUCCAAGAACAGAUGAAGAAGGGUGGCAGCUCAUCCAACCUAUGGGCACUGAGACAGCUGGCUGAUUUCAUGGCCUCGCAUGGCUCUCCGGCCGCCCUGCCUGUCUCCCCUUCUAACAUGAUGAUGGUGACACCCAUCAACGACCUGCAUGGCUGGGAGCCAGGCAGCAUGGUGAAGGGGGAGAGGUUGAUGCGCUGCAAGCUGGCCAGUGUCCAUCGUCUGUUCGACCUCUUUGGCUGGGCCCAGAUCAGCCGCACCUGUCUCACUCUGCGCGUUAGUAAAGAGCAGGAACACUUCUUGGUGCUUCCAGAUGGCCUGGCCUACAGUGAGGUGACUGGAUCCAGUCUGGUGAAGGUGAACAUCCUGGGUGAGGUGGUGGAGAAGGGCAGCACCAACCUGGGCGUGGACACGGAGAAGUUCAGCCUGCACUCGGCCAUCUACUCGGCCCGGCCAGAUGUUCGCUGUCUGCUCCACCUCCACACACCGGCCACGGCUGCGGUUUCCGCCAUGAAGUGCGGCCUCCUGCCACUCUCCCACGAGGCUCUGCUGGUCGGUGAUGUGGCUUAUUACGACUACAAUGGGGUCAUGGAGGAGGAGGAGGACAGGGUGGAGCUGCAGAAGAGCCUGGGUCCGACCUGUAAGGUUCUGGUGCUGAGGAAUCAUGGCAUUGUGGCUCUGGGGGAGUCUGUGGAGGAGGCCUUUUACACCAUCUACCACAUCCAGGCCGCCUGCCAGAUCCAGGUGUCAGCUUUGUGCUGUGCCGGCGGUGAACAGAACCUGAUUCUGCUGGACCGGACCACCCAUAAACCCAACCCAACCGGCACCGUCGGCUGGGCUGGCUCCACCUUUGGACCCCUGCACAAGAGCCGCAUCGGGGAGCAUGAGUUUGAAGCCCUCAUGAGAACUCUGGAUAACUUGGGCUACCGUACAGGCUACGCCUACCGCUUCCCUGUGCUGCUGGAACGAUCGCGGACGCGGAGGGAGGUGGAGGUGCCCGCAACUGCCACAGCUUUCCACCAGUUUGAUGAUGAUGGAGUCCACCCGGCUCUGAGGCAGCACCCUUUUGCCCAGCGCCAGCAGCAGGAGAGGACUCGAUGGCUCAACACCCCCAACACCUACCAAAAAGUCAGCCAGGAGCAAGCCAGCCCGGGACACCGCACCACUUGGUUGAAGACAGAAGAGGUGACACAAGCUGGCAGCACAGCCAUCAAGAUAGAGAACCCAAACCAGUUUGUGCCUCUUUUCACCAACCCUCAAGAGGUGAUUGAGACACGGAACAAGAUCCGACAGCAGAAUCGUCAGGACAUGAAGACAGCCGGACCACAGUCUCAAGUCCUCGCCAGCGUUAUAACAGUUGACAGUCCUCCGUCUCCAGUCAGCCAACCUGAAGUCCCACCAGAGCCGGAACCUCCCAACCCCUUCAACGAGCUGACGGACCAGGAGCUGGAGGACUACCGCAAGGAGGUGCAGAGGAAACAGGAUGGAGGAACCAAUGGGGAGGAGGUGGCAAGUGACAAGGAGUCUUCCCCCGCUACCUCCCCCACAAAGGGGCCUCCGCCCAGCCAGCCUCCUCUCUCAGAGGAGACCAAGGCCGACUCUCCAGCCAUGCAGAAUGGAGGCGAGGAGGAGAAGCAGACAACAGAGGAACUGGAGAAAGGGAUGAAGGCUCUCUCGACCAACGACACCUCCUCCACACCUGCUGCUCCGCCCGCCAAACCACAAGGUGGCACCCCCGAGGGUUCGCCCUCCAAGUCCCCUUCCAAGAAGAAAAAGAAGUUCAAGCCGCCGUCGUUCCUGAAAAAGAGCAAGAAGCAGAAGGAGAAAGCAGAAACCUGAGGCGCUCAGACACACCAGACCUUGGUGAAAUACUACUGUGAAACAUUUCUUAGUGUAUGAUGGAGUAGACGAUGAGUUAACCACAUCAGAUCUAUUCAAACCCUGUCAGUAAAGAUGUCAAGACAUGGCGUACUAAAUUGACCCUCAAAUACUUUACUGUAACACUCGUACUCACUGAUUUGAUCUAUGUGGUGAUUCAUAUCAAGCAGGUUAAAAAACACUGAUAAUUACUUUCACAUACUAUUUGACCCAGGUCAGAUGCAACAUUUUCACACACUACUUCUUGUCUCUCUCUCUCUCUCACACACACACACACACACACACAGAGUCCCUGUAUUGCUCAUGUCUUAUUUUCACCUGCUGUGCUAUCAAACCAUUACUUAACUUCACUGUGUAGGCAGUCAAACAUGUUCCUUUCUAAAACUGGGAUUACUAGUGUGAAGCUGUGCACUUGCAGCUAUUUCAUACCUUUUUUUUUACCCUCAUCUUUACAAGACAUGGUGGAAAUUUAAGUUCCCUUGAAUUAUGCACACCUUAUCCAUGUAUAGGCACUUAUCAUAUGUACAUUGACAUUCUACUAUGUUGCAUUUGUUCAUCAUCAUAGGCAUCAUCUAGUCAUGAUUUGGUUCUAAUUAUCAGACAGAUGUUGCAGGUAUACAGUGUGAGCACAGGUGUACAUGUAGAAAUAUACUGAUAGCUACUGAUUGUGCUCUUCUGAAUGCUGGUUUUGUGUGAAAAGAUCAGCCUAUUGCAGGGAUGAACAAGGAAAAAGAAAGCGGGGAAAAUAUACCGGCUCGCAACAAAACACAAGCCGCUAUAAAUGCCACUAUUACCCAAAAAAGGAUAACGCAUUAAGAACUUGUUGCUUGCCAAUGCAGUUUGAAACCCAGAAACAGAAGAUACUGAAGGUACUAAACAUUCCACUUUUCUCAUUUUCUUUUAAAUGUAUGUGUGCAAAAUACCUCUUGACAGUUGUAAUUAUUUUCUGUUUUAACCAGUAGCUGUUAUCAAAAUGCUGAUGUGUGAUGUUUGCUCAUGGUUUUAAUUUAUUUUAUAUUAGGAUGUAUAAGUGAGUGUUGCAAGGUUACCAUGUAUCAGUCAUUAAAGAUCAAGUUUGAUUUAAAACUAACUGGA